AUGGGUGUCCAGAAAAGGACCAGAAAGUUCGCCGAAGUCAAACGAGUUAUUGGCAAGAACGAUGCCCGGCGCAAGGAGAACCUGAAGAAGGCCGAAGAGGCCAUCGAGAAGGCCAAACGCGAGCGUGCCGGCCCCGAUGGAAACGAGAAAAUUCGCGAAAUCCCCCAAGUCCCGUCAUCAUUCUUCUUCCAGGCCAACACCGCCCUCGUUCCUCCAUACAGCGUCAUCGUUGAUACGUCCUUUUGGAAUAGGACAUUGCAAAUGAAACUGGAGCCGCUAGAGACGAUGAUGGACUGUCUUUAUGCGACGUGCCAGCCUAUUGUCACUGACUGUGUCAUGGCCGAGUUGGAGAAGUUGGGUCCCAAGUUCCGCCUUGCGCUGAGGUUAGCCAGAGACGAAAGAUGGGAACGUCACAAAUGCACCCACAAGGGUGUGUAUGCAGACGACUGCAUUGUGUCGAAAGUAUCGAAAGAUCGGGUCUACAUCGUUGCAACCAACGACGCCGGCCUCGUCUCCCGUCUCCGCCGAAUCCCGGGUGUUCCCAUCAUGAAAUGUGCCCGCGGAAAGUACGUCAUCGAGAGACUGCCGGACGCCCCGGUGUAA